CUGAAGAUGCUUGGACGCAUGCGCAGAAGUAACACGACAGGCGCGCUGCAACAGUGUUUUACGGCAGUCUCAUAUCCUUGUUGUUGCCAUGGAAUCACCUAAACAGUAUUUCUCGUAGCCAUUUUCCUGCGGUUGCUGCAGUGAGGGGCCAGUCACAGCCGCCAUCUUUACCGUUUAAAAAGCUAUUACCGAACCGACUGACCCCGUCUCCUCCACGUAGGCUGAGAGUGGCUGUGGUAUAAUCGCCGUAUAGCACCAGAGCCUGACUACUCGGGCGGUAUCACUCCGCUUUGUUUACAUGCUCAUAUCGGAACGCUCGUGCUCGCCCCAUUUUCAACACAUAGCAGCUCUGCUGACCACCUGCACGAGCUAACAGCUAACAUCAUGACUGAACACGUGAAGGAGUCUGGUGAUAAACAGUUUGAUAUGAAAGAGGAGCUCAUUCUGAAAGAAGAGGAAGAAGAUGAUAUCCCCACUGAUAUCUCCAGACAUGCGCUGGUGUCAGACCUGGAGCUGGAUGAACUUGAAGAAAGUAAGAGUGGGAUCAGUAAGGUGACGAAGAAGCAGACCAACUGGGCGGUCAACUGUUUCCUGGGCUGGUUGGAGGCCCAGAGGCUGCAGGUGGACCUGAGCACGGUGGAGAAGGCUGAGCUUAACAGCAUGCUGAGACACUUCUACGGAUCAGUCCGGAACAGCAAAGGAGAGCUGUACGGGAUUGCCAGUUACAUUGCGCUGAGAGCUGGACUCAACCGUUUCUUCAAGGAGCCCCCUGUCUGUCGUCCCGUGUGCCUGAUGAGAGACGUGGAGUUCACCUCAGCCAACAAGGUGUUCCUGGGAGUGCUCAAGAAAAUCAGGAAGUCCGGUCGAGACCGCACGUUACACCAUCCGGCACUGUCUCUGGAUGAUAUCCGCAUCCUCAGACACUCACGCGCGAUGGACACCAGCACCCCAAGGGGACUUCUCAACAAAGUCUGGUUCGAUAUUCAGGUCCAUUUCGGCCGCAGAGGGAAGCAGGGAAACCGAAAUCUGAAGCCGGAUUCAUUUGUGAUCAGAAAGGACGACAGAGGACUGAGAUACUGCACCUUAGCCUUCGGUGGCGAGAAGGACAAGUUCUCCAUGUCAGAGAGGCUUGGCAGCGAUAUCUGUCCCAUCACCUCUCUGCUGAAAUAUCUUAGCAAGCUGCCGCCCAACGCAGCCGCCCUCUACCUGCAGCCCAAGAGGGAUCCAACUGACGACAUUUGGUACAACCACAUCCCCCUUGGAGUCAAUCAUCUGGCCUCCAUGCUGUCUCGCAUAUGCAAAGAAGCCAAAACAUCCGUCAUCUACACCAAUCACUGCAUCAGGAGUACGCCCUUCCACCGGCUGUGUGACGCUGGACAGGAGGAGAGAGACAUUUUCUCUGCCAGCGUGCAAAGGUCUGAAAACUCACUCCAGAGUCCCCAGACACCGUGCGACGGGAGCAAGAAGCUGCGGAAGAUAUUGCCAAAGAGCGAUUCAGCUGGCCCAGCAGGUUUGGAUUUAAAUCACGACGAAUUCUUCGAGGACUUCCCGUUCCUCCAGACCGCCUCGAACCAGAACUAUGUCCCAGACGCCGUGCUGCCACCUGGAGAGCCGUGGCUUCACGGGGGCCCCUCCCGGGCAGUGCUGUCCCUGCCCUCCUGCCUGUGCCUGUGCGGUGACAUUGGGUCCGGGAUGUCUGGUCCUGGAUCUUCAGGCGAAGAGGACAUGAAAGUUUACGCCAAGUGUCAGCUGCAGAAGGGCGUCAUGUUUGGGCCAUUUUUAGGAGAACUGUGCCGAGGACAAAUGCCGAGCAACCUCAAAUAUGCCUGGGCUAUCCGAGACGAUGCUGCUUUUGUGUAUGUCGAUGCUUCUGAUGAAAACAAGUCAAACUGGAUGAGGUAUGUCACAUACACCAGCAGUGAGGACGAACACAACCUGGUCAUCUUCCAGUUUUACCGCCACAUCUACUACAGGGUUUCCCAGCCCAUCUCAGAGGGAGCAGAGCUCAGGGUCUGGAUCGGAAAGGAUUACGCCAGCCUGCUGGGCCUGGGGAUGGGUGACAAUGUUAAAUGUGAAUUUGGAGACAAAGAGACAGUUCUGCGCCUUCUGCAAGACAUCCAGUUGGUCACCCUCCCGGAGCCCAGCAGCUCCUCCCUUUGGUCCGACCACAGCCAAUCACAGAGCCCCAUGCCUGUCAUCAGUGAUGUGACAACAGUGUCAAACCCAGACAUGGGUAGUGAUUCAGGCAUGUUUUCUGGCUCCGCCUUUCCCCCCUCCCUGAUGUCCUUCCCGUCCCCAAGUGCCCAGCCAAUGGAAAAGUAUGAUUUUAUGCCUGGAACUGAGAAGCUGCUGAGUAACCCAAGUGCGACACAGAAUAGCCCGUGGUACUUUUUUGGGUACGAGCCGGACCCAACAGGUCGACCUCUGGACCGAAGCACCCUAGUGUGUAAGCUGUGUGGGGAACAUGUGAGCUGUGGAGGAGGAGGAGCAGCGGAUCUCCAAAACCAUCUGAGCAACAAGCACCACAUCAGAAUACGUGAAAAGGAUCGGAGUCCUCUGACAAUAGAUCCGCCCCUGGUCGGAGAUGAUGGAGAAACAACAGAACUGGAAAAUCCUCCUGCUUCCCUGAGGUCACCUGUGUGGCAACAUUUUGCCUUCUCCGUGAGUUAUGUAAACAACGAACGCGUCGUUGACAGAACAACUACAGUUUGUAGGCUAUGCUACACGCGGAUACCAUACGCCACCUCAGGCAACACCACGAAUAUGGCAGCACACAUUCGCAGGCAUCAUAAACACAUAGAUUUGACUGGGACAAGAACGACAGACAGCAGGAUCUGGUGUGGUUUUGCAGGUCAACAACGCACACAACCAGUGAUGGUUAACAGCGGUUUGGUCAGUACACUCCCCAUGGUAUUGUCCGCUCAUUUGACAGAUGCCAUUGCCAACUUUCUCAUCAUGGAUCUCCAGCCCCCAGCUCUGGUAGAAGGGCACGGCUUCAAACAGCUGAUCCACACCCUCCUCCCUUCCCACAAGCAGCUGCCUUCACCUUGUCAGCUGGAGAACCUCCUGAAAGAAAAUCAUGCCAAAGGCAAGUCGAACCUUGCGCAGAUGCUGAGGAGGAAAAUGGGAAGUUUUGAAAAUGAGGAGAUAUCUGACCACACCGCUCCCAUUGAGUUUGAGCCCAGGAGACGUGGGCGACCUCCUAGCCAUCACAAAGAAGUUCCUCACUUUGUCACUUUAAGUGUGGAUGUAUGGCUCCACAACUGGCAGGGCAACACUGAGAGGUACCUCACUCUGUGGGCACAUUACAUAGACUGUAAUUUUAAUUUUCAGAACCUGGCUCUGGCAACCCAAAGACUGAUGGGGAGUGAGGUGAAAGAUUACAGUUUUCGAGCAAUGGAGGCUCAAGUUAAGGUGAUGGCCCAGGAGUGGGGAAUCUCCCAGCCUAAUCUGGUCCUGCUGGGAGGGGAGGGAAGGACCAAGAUGAGGUUGGGGCCAAUGAAGAGCGAGAAAGGUGGAGACGCUGCAGGAAGCGUUCCUCACCCAAACUCAACAACAUUUCUUGAGAGGGAGGACUGUUUGUCCCCUGAGGAGCCACAUGGCUCAGAGCCUGGUCAUUCCAGUGAAGGACCACCGUCUGUACCGUGUUUUUUCAGUGCGGUGCAAGGCUGCAUUGAGGAAGUAAUGUCACACUCCGUCAUCUGCAAGACUCUCAGCCAGUUCCAGAGUAUUCUUGCAACCCUGUUCCUGCCAUCUGCUCAGAACAAAGGCACGAACCAGCAUCAUGCCCAGAGACUGCUGCAGACCCUGACAAAACAAGAAAAGGCAGAGCUUAAGUCAUGGGCUCACAGCUGGCCGACAUGGAACAAGCUGUACCCUCUACUGAGCAUGCUCAUCAAAUACAAAAGCCUUUUCUGUGAUCUGAUAAAAGAGAUCAAAGGUGAGGGCUUGUCUAAAGAAGACAUGGCUUCAGAAUCCAGUUUAUCUGCCAGCUACCACGCAAACUCCACCUCCAGCGCAUCCUCAACAAGCGGCACAACUCUGCGAUCUGAAUGGAAGGUUCUGGAGGAGUUGUGUUUGGUCCUCAAGCCUCUGGAUGUGGCAUGUCGAACUCUUGCCAAGGAGGCGUUCCCUCGUCUGUCCCUCAUCAAACCCAUUCUCACUGGCCUCCUGUCCCGCCACCUCAUGUCCCGACCAGGAGAUUCGUCAUCCAUCAUGAAGGAAGUGAAGAGGAUGAUGAGGCGGAAGUUGGCCGGCUGUUACGACAAUCCUGUCGUCAACAGGGUUCUGAGUGUGGCAUGUUCCCUCGACCCACAGUUCCACGGCCUGGGCUUCAUGGAGGACAAGGAGCAGACAGCCACUUUUGAUUGGCUGAAAAAAGACGCUGUCAGGAUUGUGAAGGAGGACAUGAGGAGAAGCCAGGCUAAGAAGCAAAGUCAGAGCAAGAGAAGUCCCUCGCCCGGGUCCCCAGAGUCAGAGAGCGAGUUCCUGCGGAGGAGCAAGCGCCUCAAGGAAUCCCGCCCCAUCAACUUCCGAGAGAUGGAGUGUGAAGAGGAAGAUGAGGAGAGUGACGCAGGGGAUGCUGAUGAGAGUGAUGUGGCAGAUCCAGGCUCUCAGGCCGGACUCUCUGGUAUGGAGUUCCUCCUGGGAGACCUGUUCUGCUCUGCCCCCAAGAGCAGGCAGAGCUCAGUGGAGGAGUCCAUAGACAUGGAGAUGUCUGUCUUCAGAGCCGACAAGGGGGCUUCGCUGGGGGUGGAGCCCCUGCAGUGGUGGAGGACCAAAGCAGUGCAGUUUCCUCUGCUGGCCACAGUGGCUCGUGCCUACCUGGCUGCCCCUGCAGUGGCAGGGAGCGUCGCACAGGACUUUGUGCAGGAAGGAGCAGGAGCAACACACAGGAAGAGAGGCAACAUUCCACCAGAAAGUUUAGACUCAAUUUUGUUUCUGCACCACAACCACAUGGCCACCUCUGAGAGUGGGCAAACAGCUGUGAGGAGUGAUCUCAAGAACAGUGGGAUUGAAAAAGUUCCAUGAACACAUGAAAAACAUUCAUUCUUUUCUCACCAUCUCUGGAUUGAACCCCCUACACUACUCCUCUUUGUGUAGCUACUUUAAGGUUUGGAAUGGAAAAUGGAACUUUAAAGAGUAACUAAACCCCAGACUUUGGCUUGAGUGUUUGAGGGCUAUCAGCAUUAACACCUUAAUUGCAAUGCAAUUAAGGUCCAUAAUUAAUGUGUUCGCUUUUUUAAAAUGCGUUAACUGCCAAUCAACAUUUCUGCCUUUAAGACGCUGUACCGGGCUGAGUUAUAAAGCUACAUCAGUGAUACUGUUAUCACAUGAAACUAACUAACUACCAACCAUGUCAUGUUAGCUUCUCAGUACGGGGACAGAAUAAUGCUCUAAAGUAAGGCUACAUUUUGGCGACAGAAAAAUGGCAUGGCCAUUUCACAGGAGUCCUUUGACCUCUGACCUCCAGAUAUCUGAAUGAAAAUGGGUUCUGUGUGUACCCAUGAAUCAUUCCUUCACAGACAUGCCCACUUUAUGCU